UAAAUACUGUAUAUAUAUAUAUAUAUACACAUAUAUAUAUAUAUACACACACACACACACACAUAUCGACACACACACAUACACAAACAUAGAUGUACAAACGCAGAAACGGAAAGAGUGUAAGCUGGUUUCUUCCUCGUUAUACCAUCGUUAUCCUCGUUUGCUCGCGUUCCCCUGCUACGUGGUGAACACAGCUGGCGUAUUACACCGCCAGGAUCAUUCAGCGAGCUCCGAUGACCGUUCUGGAUUAGUGUGUGACCACUUUGCACCGCUCCACCGUGAACAGUGACUCGUGCCGUGGACGCAGAGGAGGGUGAUCGCGACGACGGGGUAAACGAGGUGAGGUAAAAAAAAUGAAGCUCGAAUUGAUGGACCGAGAGAAGGGCCUGGAGCUCUUUGGGAAAUUUAUACGAACGAAGAAUGUGGAGAGUCUUCAGGGUGACCAGGGGAAAGCUGGACCUGAGCCACUGCAUCCGACCGAUUCCAAGCAGAAAUUACAGAAGUGCCUGACGACUCUGGACCUGACGUCUUUGGGGGUUGGCUCCUGCGUUGGGACAGGGAUGUACCUAGUCGCGGGGAUGGUGGCGCGCAGCGUCGCCGGGCCAGGCGUCGUCAUCUCGUUCAUAAUCGCGGCCAUUGCUUCUAUUUUUUCCGGAGCAUGUUACGCUGAGUUUGGAGUACGAGUGCCUCACACGACUGGCAGCGCUUACAUGUACAGUUACGUGACCGUAGGCGAAUUAAUAGCAUUCAUUAUUGGAUGGAACAUGAUACUGGAGUACCUUAUAGGUACGAGCGCGUGUGCCUGCGCCCUUAGCGCCUGUCUGGACGCCCUUGCGGACGGCGCCGUUUCCGGGGCGAUAGCCAACAGCGUGGGAACAUUUUUCGGUCGACCGCCCGAUUUCCUCGCGUUCGUCAUCACCAUACUGAUGAUGCUGUUAAUGGCCGCGGGCGUGAAGAAAUCACUGGUGUUCAAUAACGUAUUAAACGCCAUCAACCUCGCCGUUUGGGUGUUCAUUAUGACAGCGGGGAUGUUCUACGUGGACAUUGAUAACUGGAACGAGCACGAUGGCUUCUUUCCCUACGAUUGGAGUGGUGUGUUCACCGGUGCAGCGACGUGUUUUUACGCGUUCAUCGGCUUCGACAUAAUAGCAACCACCGGCGAAGAGGCGACAAACCCAAAAAGGAGCAUCCCCCUCGCAAUAGUCUCCUCGUUGAUCAUAAUACUCAUUGCUUAUGUCACCAGCAGCAUGAUGCUGACGCUGAUCGUUCCAUACGACGAGGUGGAUCAGGAUUCAGCAUUGGUGGAAAUGUUUGGUCAAGUUGGAGCAUACAAGUGCAAAUACAUUGUGGCAGUUGGUGCAUUAGCUGGAUUGUCCGUCUCCAUGUUUGGCAGUAUGUUCCCCAUGCCUAGGAUAGUCUAUGCAAUGGCUCAGGAUGGCCUUAUAUUCAGGAGUUUGAGCCAAGUGUGGCCAGCAACAGGUACCCCAGCCAUAGCAACACUGACUUCCGGUAUGUGUGCAGCCUUUGCUGCACUGCUCAUUCAAUUAGAAGUGUUGGUAGAGAUGAUGUCUAUCGGUACCUUGCUGGCUUACACCCUAGUAUCUACCUGCGUGUUGAUUCUACGCUAUCAACCUCAUUCUACAAACUUGGUAGAGUUACUACCACAAAGUUUAAGAACACCAUGUCGAUCGCCAACUAAAGAAAAUCAGGGAAAUGGUCAAGUGACUUAUGGAAAAGAGCUGAGACCUGAUCAGCUAACCACUGCGCUGAAUUCUGUCCAGGCUGCUCAAUCGGAUCUUGCUGCAGCAAAUAGUGGCCAACGUAUCAUGGUGAGAAGAGUUAGAAGAUGCAAUAGUUCUUCACCAGAUUCAGAUGACACUUAUGGUGCUGAAGAGGAUGAAGUUGGUCUGGGCAAAGACGAUCAAUAUUUGGUCAGUGACAGAACUGAAAAUAAGUUCUAUGGUAGCGUGCAUGCAGCUGCAGCUGCGUCCAGUUGUGGCAGUGCACAUCAAUACCCAGGAAACACGCCAAUAAUUGGGCCACCUUUGAAUUACCUCCAACGUCGGUUGCAGGCAGCGCAGUAUCUCUGUCCUGCCAUCUUUCCCUGGGUGGACAGAGGCCCAGCGACGGAAGCUUCAGGUCGCUACGUCAUGAAACUAGUCGGCGUGCUCUAUUUGCUGAUUGUCAUUUUCGAUUUGAUUAUAGUUUGUGGCAUGGGAAAUAUGGGAACAUUUACUACGAUAAUGAUGUUCGCAUUCCUCUUUGCCAUAAUUGGAAUAUUGCUUGCCAUCAGUAGGAAACCACAAAAUAGAAAUAGCAUGAUGUUCAUGACACCGGGACUCCCAUUCGUACCUGCAAUUGCCGUCACCGUAAACAUAUACCUCAUCUUUAAGCUGAGCAUCCUGACUCUCGUCAGAUUCACUCUCUGGAUGAUCCUCGGUUUCAUCAUGUACUUCUACUACGGCAUUAAGCACAGCAGUCUGGAAGAGGGAAACACCUCGGAUAACCUCGAGGAGACGGUGUCAGCCGGGAAUAUCGAGCUGACAGUGACGGAUACGCAGAAACAACAACCGCAACAAACGCAUCCGUCGUACACGACGACCGAUCGCAGUAUCUACGAGGGCCAGCAGCUGGAUGCGUUCGGACAGCCUGUGUUUGGCAGCACGAACUUCGGUGGAACACCAAGCCAGAGGCCGGCAACCGCCGGGCAAUCGUCGUUGUUCGUCGAGCAGGAGGCCUUCCCCACCUGGGACGAUUGAACGACCACCAGCGCCGAUAUAAAUAUAUAUAUUUGAUGAUAUCAAGAUAAAAAUUAUUAUGCGAGCCUGACCGGCAUCGUGCGUUCAUCGGCGUAAAAGAAAAAAAGAAAAAGAGAAAAAAAAACCGACCCUUUCGGAACUCGCGGUGGACAAUGGCCUUUGAAUGAUUAUAGAGGCAAGAAGAGAGGUCAUGGAGUUAAUACUCGCGAGACUGUUCAUUUGUGACUUUUAGUUAGGCGAGAUUUAGAUUAGAUAUUUGGUAAAUGUGUUACAGUUGUUGAUUUGUUUUGUUUGAGGAUAGAAUGAUUGAUGUGAAUAAGUUAAAUAGCUGAUUUUCAAGAAGUUGAUUUUGAGGAUAGAAUAAUUGAUGUGAAUAAGUUAAAUAGCUGAUUUUCAAGCAGAGUUUUCUCUUUUUUUUUUUUUUUAAAGUUGAGAUACUGCACGAACAAUAGAGAACUGAUGCAUAUAGCUUUUAUUACUGUCUCUAAUUUCUAGAAUUUUGUUGAUUUUGAAUGACUGAGACAAAUGUGUUAGAUGUGAAUAUUAUUUAAAAGUUCCUUAGAUAUCAGUGAUUGAAAGAGAAGAGAUACACUUGUAUUUCUUCGGAGCCGUUCUUUCAACGGCGUUUGUAGGAUAUUCUUCUCGAUACAGAGUAUAAUAAUCUUAAAGUUAUUUAUUUCUUCUGUGAAGAAUUCGACGAGGAAUCCCACGAAUUGCAUUUCCUUUUUCUUCUUCUUUUUCUUUUUUUUGUUUUUUCUUUUUAAGAGGAUAAGAACUUAAUGAGUGCUCGACGAUUGAGCAGGAGGUGCUGCUUCGAAAUUCUGAGCUUCCCUUACUAAUUUCACUUCUCCACUCUGAGAAACGUCAAUUUCCAAAUCCAUCCUAAUCGAUCGCCGAGCACUGAACAUCUCUUCACGAUCCUUCCUGAAUUAAAAAAAAAAUAUAUGUGAAACGAAAAAAAAACAAUUGAAGAUAGUAAAAAUAAAAAAGGCGAAACCGCGAGUCUCCGAUGGGCGAACUUGUUGACUACUGUUUGGGACGAAUGUAGCAAAUAAUUUUCGCGGCAAUAUUUAUUAUCCUAGUUGUAUAAAAGUGAGAGAGAGAGAGAGAGAGAGAGCAAACGCGCGCGCGGGAGAGUUUGAGAGAACGAGAGAAUGAGAGGCAAAGCUGUCAAAGGCGGAAUCACGAAGGAAGAGAGAAAGAAAAACGGAAAAAGGGCUAGGAAGAGAGAGAGAAAGAGACAGUGAUUGUUUUGGGGCACAUCGGAUCUCUGAGUCUGUUUAUAACAUAAGAUAGUUGUCGACUGGACUACAAUUCAAAAAUAUUGUGUUCAACACUAUUUUUAAAUUCACGCGUAUAUAAAAACCCAUGCACAUUACACAAUUUGUUUAUUACAAACUUUGAUCGGUAGAGUCUCAUCGUCAUGAUACAGUGUUUUCAAAACUGAUAUUCUUGGACGACUUCACUCUUCAAAGACUGCUGUCGUUAUUGAAAUAGUCAGAAAUUCGAUGUAUCCUGAAACUUGAGUUUGACCGAGAUUAUUAGCAUUUCUAGGUGUAAAACGACACUUGUGUUUUCCAAGGGAGCAUUUUAAUUGCUAUAAGAUACAUUGAGGAAGAGAAAAAGAGGGAAGAAUGAGAGAGAAAGAGAGAGAGAUUGUGUGUGUGUGUGAAAAAGAGAGGAUGAGAAAAGAAUUAAAGAACAAAGUGAUGGUAACAGAGAAACUUUCUUUGAGUUUCUGAGAGUUGAGUAAAGUGCAAAGAGAAGAAAAAGUUGAAGAAAGUGUAAAGAGAAGCAGAAAACGAAAGAAAUAAAAUGAUAAAGGAGGAUGAAGAAACGAGAAAUAACGAGGAAACUGAAUCUUGCCUAAAUCUAGUCUUUCCCAGUCUCAAAGAAUGCUUACAAUUGUACGAUUAUAAUUUUUGAGGAGGACUCUUAAACUUAUCUUGUAUUAAACUUGAAUUGCGACGUCAAGUCGUGUCUACAUUGGUCAUAUUCAACUAAAGAUCAUUGGCCAGAGAUUCUUAAGAGUUGCAGGGGGUUGCUACUAACAAACAGGCAAAUUAAUUAAACCACUGGAAAAUACAUGGAUUGGAAAUUUUAUUGAUGAGGUUUGGAACUGAUAACAAAUUCUCACUUCUGUGAGCUUCUGCUGUGGGAAUGCCACAAGAAACUAGUAGCUAUCUGUUUGAUUGUAAAAUGUUGUUCAAUAGCGAACGUCCAGUUCUAACAAAGACAAGUUCCUACAACGACUGUUGACCACUCGAUUGUUAUUAUUUAUCAAAGAUUUUACGCAUCUUGUGUUUUAGAGUAAAAGUUGUGAUUGUUACUAAUCGAUAUAUUAACGACAAUCUUAGGUUCGUUUGUUUUGAAAGUUGACAGAGAAGAGACUAUCUUAAACGUCCAUUCGAUGAUUGUAUUUAUCGCUUCGUUAUAGGAAACAGAAGAGAGGGAUAUGAGAAACAAAUUUGAAGAAUGACAUGAUGAAUGAAGAACAGUGUGAUGAGAGCAAGGGAAGACGAUGCAAUUUAACUAAACAGAGGGAAGACGUUAGAGAAAGGUACUAAACUGUGUAGAAAAUAGAAAGGAAAAAUUAAGAAAUGAAGAGUUGACAUUGGCAGUCUGGUAAAUAAGCAAAUUGGAAGCUGGAGAAAAGGGGAAAAGUCAAAGAUGUCAAGGAGUGAAGCAAAUGGAAAAUGCUGGUUAAAUAAAUAAAUCAGUUACUGAAAGGAUUGACAAAUGAGAGAAUUGAAAAAUUGAGCAGAAGGGCUUGGAAAUGAGAAACUUGAGCGAAUGGAAAAGUUGGGAAAUGAAGAAGGGAGAGCUGAGGAAGAAAUUGCGAAAUGGAGAACUUGCGGGACUGAAUGACAGAAAAGCAAAACGAGAAGAGAAAAUUGAGAAAUUGAAAGAAUGAGAAACUGAGGAAACGGACAGAUGGAAGAAUGGAAAACCAAAGGGAAAACGAGCGAGCAAUUAGGAACUGAAGGAAGACAGCUACAGGGAGCAGCCUGGGAAAUUUACGUCUCUCCAUUUAUUCUAUUCUCGGAUCUCCAUAUCGGAUCUACAUAUCGAUCAGUGAUCUUCUCACAUAUCAGUCUGCACCUUUUCGAGGGAGAUAAGAAAAAAAAAAGCCGUGAAAUUUUGGUAGUAGAACGAAUGACCGAGGAAGCAGAGCGCAAGAGUGGGAGAAAAUGUUGCGGUAGAGUGAGAGAGAUUGAUCUAAAUAUUUAUCUUUAAGUAUUAAUGCGUCUGUUAACAAAAAAUUUUCUAAUAUAUAUAUAUAUUAUAUUAUAUUAUAUUAUAUAUAUAUAUGUAUCAUAUAUAUAUAUAUAUAUAUAUAUAUAUAUAUAUGACGGGAUAUACUUUCUAUGCGUGACGAUCGAUUAUAUAUAGGCCCGAUCAGUCAAUCCAAGAUUGAGGCUGCUGUCUUAGAACUUUUUUGAGUUCUCACCCCUAUAACGUCGCCAUUUGGAAGCUCAUCGGGGAUGAAGAAAAAAUAACGAACAGUAUUUUUCAAUUCUAACUCCAACCACAAUACAUCAUAACUUUCUUACUGUUUAGGUUGUCCAAAGAAAUUUAUUUGAAGGAAAGUACAACUGUACGUUUCAAGAUACCUAGUCGACGAGAAGAAAAGGACAUCGAUUAAGAGAGAAUCUUCUAGUAGCAUAGCCAGGGGAAACUGUAUUCUUCAUCCCCUAUAUGCUUCGAUUUUAAGUCGAGCGGUGAUCGUCGUUCCAGAUAUCCGCUUAUUCAAUACUGAUUAGCAAUCUCUGAACAUUCCCGAUAGUUUUUUUUUUUUUUUUUUUUGAACGAGUAUCAGUAACUUCGAAAUACUUGUAAUCUCUAGAGGCACGUUUAAUAUUCCUCCAGACAUCGUUAUUAACAGAAUCUGAUUUAAAUCCAGUUCAUAUCGCUUGUAGACAGUAGUAGUCUUCAGUUUAAGUCGGUAACUCCGUGUAUGGUUCAUCAUUGUGGUUUAUCAUCAUACUAGAAGAAUUGUAAAGAAUGUAAAAGAGUUCUUUCGAUAUGAAAAAAGAAAAAAAAAAAAUAGCUGAUGGUUAUUGGUACUCGUUUGAAGAUCGUAAGAUUACAAAUCGUAACGUGAUUAUUGAUUCACAAAAGGAACUACGUAGACCUGGGCAGGGUGUUCGAAGAAGAAAGAAAGGUUCCAUUUUGUGAAAGAAGAGUGCCUGCAUAUAUCCACUUAGAACGUCCCUGAAUCGUUAGAGGCAAGACAUAGUGAAAUAAUUCGAACUGAAAA